ACCAAAUCACCAACCAACCCAAAGCGAAGCGAAAAGGUACAACAACUCUUUAGACCAGAACUACCAUGAGAUGCAACACCUAACACCAUGGUUGGUUUUGAGCACUGCCUCUGAAUAGAGAAUAGUCCAUUCAUCACCAUUUCCAGUCCUUCUUGCUAUUUAUACAAACACCCAUUGCACGUAAAGAGCGCCAAAAACACACACACACACGAAGACUGGGAAGUAGUAGAAACUGAAAGAGGGGGAUAAUGGGGAGCUCAGCAGUGGCACUGGACGACAUAUCCUCCGUCGACAUAAUGAGCGAACUCCUCCGCCGCUUCAAGUGCUCCUCAAAGCCCGAGAAACGUCUCAUUCUCGUUGAUGAAUGGCAGGCCCACCGGGAUCUGGAAAAGGUACACAAUCACCCAUUAUAAAGGAGGACUACUGCUUGUGCCACUUGGCCACUGGUGAUAUGCUAAGAGCUGCUGUUGCUGCUGAAACCCCUCUUGGCAUUAAGGCUAAAGAAGCCAUGAAUAAGGGAGAACUUGUAUCUGAUGAUUUGGUGGUUGGAAUCAUUGAUGAAGCAAUAAAGAAGCCCUCAUGCCAAAAAGGUUUCAUUUUGGAUGGUUUUCCAAGGACCGUAGUUCAAGCCAAAAAGCUUGAUGAGAUGCUUGAAAAGCAAGGAACCAAAAUUGACAAGGUGCUCAACUUUGCAAUUGAAGAUUCAAUACUGGAAGAGAGGAUCACAGGUCGAUGGAUACACCCUUCAAGUGGUAGAUCCUACCACACCAAAUUUGCACCCCCCAAAGUCGCUGGUGUUGAUGAUGUCACCGGAGAGCCUCUGAUUCAACGAAAAGAUGAUACUGCAGAAGUUCUUAAGUCAAGGCUGGAGGCAUUUCACAAGCAAACUCAGCCGGUUAUUGAUUAUUAUGCAAAUAAAGGUGUAAUAUCCCAAUUGCAUGCAGAGAAACCUCCUAAGGAGGUAACCAUUGAAGUUCAUAAGGUUCUUUCUUCGUAAAAAAUGAGAUCACUUUUGAGUUGCCUACAUUGGACUGGUCUUAUCUUUGAUUUUCCCUCUAUUCGUAGAAAAUGAGAUCCUUUUGCGUUGCCCACACUGGACUGGACUGGUCUUAUCUUUGAUUUUCCCUCUAGACUUUCCAACAAUUUACAAGGUUGACGAGAUGAAAUCCAAAUUCUGAUGUUUUCAUUUUUGUAACAAUUGCAAUAAACAAUUUUCAUCCACCUUUGAUUUUCCCUCUAGACUUUCUAACAAUUUACAAAGUCGAAGAGAAAUCCAAAUUCUGAUGUUCUCAUUGGUGUACCAAUUGCAAUAAACAAUUUUGAUCCA